AUUGACGUAAUGGGCGGCGCGCUGAUUGGUCCGGCGGCGCGCGGAGGGGAGGGGACAGCCCCUCCAGCCAGUCGAGUGAAGGCUGGCGCGCCGACGCGUCUCGCGGCAGUAGUUUAGCAACGUUGGACGCGAGUGAACCGGACGUGGAAGGUCUGGUGCGGUGUAGCGCUCUGAGUGCCGCGGUAGUAUUGUUAAAAAAUAAAUAAAUAAACACUCGUUUUUAAGGAGAAAACCACCAAGUAUUAACCGUUUGGUCUCAUAAACCACAUAUUGAGAACCUGCGAUGUCUACAGCUGUGAUGUCUCCCUCGAGUGUUUACGAUUUUGGGGAUAUGUUGUACAAGAACCACGGCAGCAGCGGGCGCAGUGCAGCCGCCAGCCACCCCAAGGUGCUGCGCUGGGGCGCCGACUCCAGCCCGCGCGCUGUAGGCUCCCCGCUGCCCCACCAGACCCUGUCUCGCCGCAGCUCCACGCCGGCCACGGUCGGCUCGGGAGGCGACAUGUCCAUCGCGUCCCUCGUCAGCUCGGUCAGCUCGCUGCUGCUGGACAACAUCCGCGAGCAGAGCGAGCUGCAGGCGCAGUCUGGCGGCCAGCACAGGAAGCUGGACCGCAGCCAGAGCGAGCCCGCCAGGGGCGCCAACAUCAACACCAGCCGCUACAAGACGGAGCUGUGCCGCCCCUACGAGGAGAGCGGCUCCUGCAAGUACGGCGACAAGUGCCAGUUCGCGCACGGCAUGCACGAGCUCAGGAACCUGGUGCGUCACCCCAAGUACAAGACGGAGCUGUGCCGCACCUUCCACACCAUCGGCUUCUGCCCCUACGGCCCGCGCUGCCACUUCAUCCACAACGCCGAGGAGGCGCGCGGCCGAGGGGCGGCCUCUCCGCCCCCGGCCCGCCCCCAGCCGCUCAGCAUCUGCUCGUCGCACUUCGGCGGGCUGCUGUCCGGCGAGUCGACCUCCCCCGGGUCCUCCAGCCUCAGCCAGAGCCCCACCACGUCCGUGGGCUCCUUCUUCUCGUCGGACCCCGACGUGGUGGCGCUGCUGUCCGCCGCCGGCUCGCCGCCGCCCUCCGCCGCCUCCGUCAACAACGCCUUCUCGUUCGCGCGCGACUUCGCCAGUCCGCUGGUGCAGCUGGGGGCGGGGCUGUCUCCGCCGCCGUCGCCCGCCGCCUCCCUGUGCAGCUCGCGGCAGUCUCCCACGCCCCAGGGGCUGGACUCGCGGCUGCCCGUGUUCAACAGGCUCAGCAGCACCAUGGCCUAGCUCCAGCUCCAGCUCCGGCGAGUGGUAUUACACGUUUCCCUGCUCCCUCUUGUACAUAUGUGUCUUUUUCUUUUGUAGCUAUUUAUAAUUUUGUAUUGCUUUUAUAGUAUGGUAGAAUGAAGACUGGUAUAUUUAUUAACUGCAUUCCAUAGGCGAGGGAAUGGAGUGGAGUAAAAAACAUUUAAGGAGGCUGUGGAGAAACAAAUUUUGAUGUUAAGAAAAAGUCAUGUUUGUAUCAUUGAAGUGCUCUUAUAUGCAUAAUAUAUAAGUUUGAAUUUAUCCAUUAUGUAUAUUGUUGUUUGUGAUAAAAGAAAAAAAAAGCAAUAAGAAGCAAAUUAUUUCAGUUACUUUCCAAGUAAACAUUUGUUGCAAUGGUGAUAAGAAAUCAUGUGAUGCACAUUUAUACAUAUUUUUAAUAUAUAUAUUGUAUCAUAGUCUUGAGUGUAUCGAGUUGAUGAGGGUACCAACAUUAAUAAAGACAUUUCGAUUGUAUCAUUAAGAUAUUUUUGAUGGCAUUUUUUCAAAGUGUGUAAACAUGCCUAUAAGCACUUGUAUUAUAAUAGGCUAAGUGAUAAUAUUUUUGAUCUGGAAGUUGGUAGUCUGUUAAGCUUACAAUAUCUUAAUAUCCUACAUUGCCUUUAAUGAGGUUGCAGAACUGAAAGGGAGAUGUGUUUAUUACAAAAUGAUAAUAGUUCAAUAUAACUUAGUCAUCCAAUGGUAUUCUAGUUCAUAUGACUGUGCAUACAUAUUUAUUUUAUACAUUAGAAUAUGGGACAUGAUAAAAAAUUUUGUUUAGAAAGCAAUUUCUUUUUUAUUUGAAUUAGUUUUCCCAUGAAGGCUCAAGUCAUUUUAUGAUGUAAUCAUAUUCCUGGAAGUGUCCUGCAACUUUGGUUUGUUAACAAAUAGUUGUAACACUUAUGGUGCAUAUAUAAAUAAGUACAUUGAAAAACACUUAAUUAUGAUAUUUUAAUUUAUUUUAUUUGCAAAUUUUAACUAUUUUUAUUCUUAAUUUAUAUGGUUAUAGUUCAUUUUAGACUGAGUCAUGUUUAAAAUAUUUUUGUGUGUACUACAAAAUGUUAUAUUUGUAUUUAUAUAACUUAUUUAUAUUCAAGAAACAUAUUUAUGAAGCUAAAUGUAUGUGGAAGUGAAAGAAUGCUAAACACUUUUUUAUGUAUUUUUUUAUUCGUUAUUCAAAUGUGUUUUUGUAAUGACAACACAUUUGUCAAUAAAACGAGUUCAGAGUUGAAGAUUUAUAUAA